ACAGCUGAGUUCACGAAUUUUUACAAAAAUGAAAAUAAAUUAUUGUGUGAGAGCUAAGAGAAGUCUUUAGUCAGGUGGUUUAGUAACUCUGUUUGCUUCUUUAACGUCUCGGGUUCGAUUCUCCAACUUCGUAAUCUGACAAAACGUUAUCUUCUUCCCAAAUUUCUGAUUCUCUGAGAUUUUCCCAAACUCAUCUUCUUCGAGUGACUUGUACAGAUUAAGGAUUUUAAUCGUGGCAUUUCUCGUUAUUGUUCUCUAUAUUGCUCCUUGAUUGUGGUCGAUGACCUCGUUACUUCUCCUCAGAACUCUUCCGCUUCUCCGCAACGGUUUUCUCAACCAUCGUCAUCAAGUUGGUGUCGUAGCUGGUGGUUUUCUAUCUCAGCGUCGGCGUUUGUGGUGUUCUCUUGCUGAUAAACCACAGUUUUACGAGAAUGAUUCUACGGCGGAGGGAUCCGGCUCGGCGAUGAAUACGACGUCGCCUGUUGUUGAUAAUAGCUGGCGUUAUGAAGAUCCUGAUUAUCGGAAAUGGAAGAAUCUAGAGGCUGAGAUUCUUCGUGAUAUUGAACCUAUUGCUCUUCUCGCUAAAGAAAUUCUUCAUUCGGAUAGGUAUUUGGAUGGAGAACGCUUAGAAUUUGAGGAUGAGAAAAUUGUCAUGGAAAAGCUUCUUGCUUAUCACCCCUACUCCAAAGAUAAAAUUGGUUGCGGUCUUGAUUUUAUAAUGGUUGAUCGGCAUCCUCAAUUCAGGCACUCGAGGUGCCUCUUUGUUGUGAGAACGGAUGGUGGAUGGAUAGAUUUCUCCUACCAGAAAUGUCUUCGAGCUUAUGUCCGAGAUAAGUAUCCAUCUCACGCUGAGAGAUCCUUUCACCAGCAACACAAGCUUUUUCAAAAGAUGAUGCCAAAUUCUAGAUCGGCGACUAUAACUCCGACGACAGAAUCAACCACCACGACAACAACGACUCCGACGACGUCGUAUUGGUGUUACAGUUGUACACGAUUCAUCAGCGUUUGGGAUGACCAAGACGCAAACGCAGGAGUCUUAUGUCCUUAUUGCAACGGAGGUUUCAUCGAAGAGAUUGAAGAUUCUUCUAAUUCUCCCGCCGCGGCUAUUCCGGUUACGGCUCCGGAAGUUAGAUCGGUUGAAGAUAUUCAUAGAUCUGUAAUUAGACGGCGGAGAUCUGGUCGUCGUACAUCGUUUAAUCCGGUAAUUGUCUUACACGGAGGAGGAGGGAACGGUGAGAGAGUUGAGAACGAAGAAGGUGACGGAGCUACUAGAGAACGACGAGCUUAUGAGUUUUAUUACGAUGAUGGAUCUGGUUCAGGUCUAAGACCUCUUCCUGAUUCUGUAUCUGAGAUCUUAAUGGGAUCUGGAUUUGAACGAUUACUUGAACAAUUGAGUCAGAUCGAAGCGUCAGGUAAUGGAAUCGGUAGAUCUGGGAAUCCACCGGCGUCGAAAUCAGCGAUUGAAUCAUUACCUAGAGUCGAAAUCUCCGAUUGUCACAUGAAAGCAGAAGCUAAUUGCGCCGUGUGUACGGAGGUUUUCGAAGCCGGAAUCGAAGGUCGUGAGAUGCCGUGUAAACAUAUAUUUCACGGCGAUUGUAUUGUUCCAUGGCUUUCGAUUCGUAAUUCAUGUCCUGUGUGUAGAUUUGAAUUACCUUCAGAUCCAAUUCAACGGAGUAAUGAAGAAGAACAUGCUGUUGGGAUGACGAUUUGGAGAUUACCUGGUGGUGGAUUCGCUGUUGGGAGGUUUAACGCGGGGGUGAGAGAAGGAGAGAGGAUUUUACCGGUGGUUUUGACGGAGAUGGAUGGUGGUGGACUUGGUAGUAAUGAAGGACCGAGAAGGAUUUCUUGGGUUAGAGCUCAUGAGACACCGGAGAUGAGUAGGAAUGGUGGUCGUUCUGGUAAUGGAGGUAGAUUGAGAAGAGCUGUUCGUGGAAUGGUUUCGUUUAUGAGAAGAGUGAGACCAAAUCGUGGCUCUUCGAAUUCGAAUCUUAUUGAUUUGGAUAGUGAUGGUGAAACUAGAGUUAUGAAUCGAUCGACUUCGUUGAUCAGAAGAUUUUUCUGAUGGAAACUGGAGAAUCAGGUUAGGUGAUAAAAAGUUUGAGAUUUU